UGCUUGCGCUCCAACAGCGGAGCUUCCAUUGGCUGCCUGCUUCAAGCAAACUGCAAAAGAGAAGCUUGGCAAAGAUCCGACACAGAAGAGAGAGAGAGAGAAAGAUUGUAGUGAGAGAAAGCAAGCGAGUCGCUCACUGGGUCAAGCUAACCGAGCCGGCAGCUUCCUGUGAUUUCGACGAAGAGCGAGGUGAUUUCUUCCUCGGCUUUUGCAUCGGGUUCUUCAAGUAGACAAACAAAUGGGUUCCUUACCCGAGCCAGAAGCCCAUCAGAGUCACAAGAAGCCGCUUGGAAUUCGUUUUGUUGAGCAUAGAAAGAAGACCAAUCUUUCUUUCAGAAGCCACCAAGCCAUUGUGUUGAUAGUGACAUUCUUCGCCUACACAAGCUACCAUGCUGCACGGAAAACCACAAGCAUCGUCAAAAGUGCGCUGGAUCCCACCUCAUCUGAGGUGGGAUUGAAAAUAGUACCUUGGAAGGCAAUCUUCCUUGAAAGUACACCUAGAAACAGCACUUCGUCGGGGAUUCUCGGGAAUGGCUGGGCGCCGUUUAAUGGAUUUGAUGGAACUGAAUUGCUCGGGGAGCUUGAUGUGGCUUUCCUAGCCGUGUAUGCGCUGGGGAUGUACUUCUCUGGGCACUUGGGUGAUAGGAUGAAUUUGAGGAUAUUUCUGACGAUCGGAAUGAUUGGGACUGGCUUCUUCACUUCGCUGUUUGGUGCUGGGUACUGGUUGAACAUACACAGCUUUUACUAUUUUUUAGUGGUUCAAAUGCUUGCGGGUUUGUUCCAGUCGACUGGGUGGCCUUCAGUUGUUGCAGUGGUCGGUAACUGGUUUGGAAAGAGCAAAAGAGGGUUGAUCAUGGGCAUAUGGAAUGCCCACACUUCGAUUGGGAAUAUUUCGGGCUCUUUGAUGGCCUCUUUCCUGUUGAGCUAUGGGUGGGGCUGGUCAUUUGUUGUGCCUGGUCUAUUCAUAGCAUUCAUUGGUUUGGUCGUGUUCCUGUUCCUUCCUGUUACUCCUGAAUCUGGAGGAGCAGAGCAAGAAGCUGAUGAAUUGGAUUCUCCGAAGAAGAAUGGGGAGGGGAUUAAGGAGCCUUUCUUGAGGUCCGACUUGGAGGAUGAGGAGAAGGCUGUUGGGUUCAUAGAAGCAUGGAAAAUCCCAGGAGUUGCUCCCUUUGCUCUAUGCCUCUUCUUUGCCAAGUUGGUAGCUUACACCUUCCUGUAUUGGCUCCCUUUCUACAUCAGUCAUACAGCUAUCGAUGGCAAGUUCUUAUCCAGUGGGGCAGCAGGAAAUUUGUCUACUCUGUUUGACAUUGGAGGAGUGCUUGGAGGGAUCCUAGCAGGCCACAUCUCGGACCGCCUCAAUGCAAGAGCAAUAACAGCAGCAACCUUCAUGUAUGGAGCAAUCCCUGCUCUCUUCCUCUACCGAAGCUAUGGUCACAUUUCCUUGACCUUCAACAUAGUUCUCAUGUUCAUAACCGGCAUGUUCGUUAAUGGGCCCUAUGCUCUAAUAACAACGGCGGUGUCCACCGACCUUGGGACACACAGCUCCUUGAGAGGGAACUCGAGGGCCCUUGCAACUGUAACUGCUAUUAUAGAUGGGACGGGAUCAGUUGGCGCCGCUAUUGGACCAUUGCUGACAGGUUAUAUUUCAGCUAGGAGCUGGAACGAAGUGUUCACAAUGUUGAUGGGGGCGGCCUUAGUGGCGGGCCUGCUCCUUACAAGGCUGGUCAUGGCUGAAAUGGCAGCCAAGAUUGGGGAGUGGAGGUCACAGGCAAGGCCUCGGGUGGCAGAAGGAUUGGAUGUUUAAAAAUUCGGGUUUACAUUAAUAGCCAACUUGGAUGUAAUACAAUGUUCCUAAAUGUACAUUAGCCCUCUUCUCCGAAGCUGUCUCUAGGAAUUAGGUUGACCGGGUUAAAAGUGGUCCCACGGUCCCAGAACUUUGGAGAAGGGAAUUAGAGAUGCUGGAGAAGUUUGUUUUAAGACCUUCUCCGUGAUUGAAUAUCAAAGAGAUUGCCCGAAUAAAUAUUGUUUUAUCGGGUUAGAUUUCUCUAUUGCUGUUUGAUGUAAUUAAUUUCAGUUGAACGUGAUAAUCAGAAGUUGGUUUAUUGAAGCUCAAAA